GUGCCUUCUCCCUUCUGUCCCAGGACUAUUUCAGUGGCUUCUAAUUUCUCUCCUGGGAAGUCUGUAGGGACGGGAGGAGAGACUCUCAGCUCCCCACCUGUCCCCUAAAUGGAGACUCUCACCCCAUAAUGUGUUAGCAUUCCAGAACACUCCAACGGGUCCGGGGAUAACUUGUCAUUUCAUUUAAAGGUAAGGAAAGUAAGGUUCAAAAUGAUUUUGCACUGUCAACCGAUUUUUAGUCCAGUGUUCUUCGCACUGCUACCACGAAUUUCAAAACCCAGGGGCUCCGCGGCAGGGCAGAUGAGGCCCGAACCUCACUGGGUUAGGUGGGGCAACUUCUGGGGAGGUUUAUGCUUUGGAAUCUGUGCUGAGUUUUCACUUGCAUGCAGGCCCCAUGGCCCAAGCUCCUGGACGGCCAUGACACUGUAGGCUUCUUCAGAUCAUUCUGGAGGCUUUGUCCCAUGAUGGUGAUGUCUGCAACAGAGACGGGGUCAGAUGAGGUCUGGGUGUGGAGAGAAGGUGCUAGGGCCCAAAGGAGGAGGAGAUGAAGGAUUAACCACGGUGGAAUGUUCUGCAGUUUCACAGGACGGAGAAGAGGCCAGAGUCCUCAGACGUGAAGCUGCUUCAGGCUUGAGCCAGUAGAACCCUGUUCCUGAAAGGACCAGGCUUCCAACUCACUCACGUCCUUCAGGGCCUGCUGUCCAGGCUGGGGCAGGAGGCUUCCUGCUUGGGGCUGGGUCCCUCUGAGCCCAAACCUCUGUCUUUCCCACUCAGCAGGGCAGAGUCAGGGCAGCACGGCCAUGGUCAGAGCAGGACGGUUUGUAGGUGUGUGGGCAGGGCUGCGGGAGGACCUGCUCCUCACAGGUGGCCAUGCCAGUACCCGCCUCACUCUGCUGGUAGGAGUCUAGUUGGGGGCCUCCCCCAGCCCGAGUACCCUCGGAACCCCCUCCUACCAAUCUAAAUCCUUGUUCUAGAUGAAGAGAGGUUUGGCUUGGUUGGGUGCCUGGAAAUGCCCUGGGGUCCAGGCUGUUUGCCUGUCUACUCUCCAUCUGGUCUGCGGUGUUGGCUCUGGGUCCUCUGCCUGCCACCUCGUAGUCCUCUGUUGGCUGCAGCACCUCCGGACUUCACAUCAGCAUUCCAGGCCCAGAGAAGGAGGAAGGGAUCAAAGCUCAAGGCCAGGCCAACUCACGUAGAGUUUUGUUUUGUUGCCCGAGGAGGCCCGCCACCGACGGGUGUUUGAGAUGGUGGAAGCUCUGCAGGAACACCCCCGCGACCCCAACCAGGUCCUCAUCGGCUACAGCCGGGGCCUCAUCGUCGUCUGGGACCUGCAUGGCUGCCGGGUGCUCUGCCAUUUCCUCAGCAGCCAGCAACUGGAGAAUGUCUGCUGGCAGCGGGACGGCCACCUGAUUGUCAGCUGCCAUUCUGACGGCAGCUACGGCCAGUGGCCUGUGUCCAGCGACAGCCACCCAGCGGAGCCGCUGCGCAACUGCGUGCCCUACGGUCCUUUUCCUUGCAAAGCUAUUACCAAAAUCUCCUGGCUGACCACCAAGCAGGGGUUGCCCUUCACCAUCUUCCAGGGGGGCAUGCCGCGGGCCAGCUACGGGGACCGCCACUGCAUCUCAGUGGUCCACGAUGGCCAGCAGACAGCCUUCGACUUCACCUCCCGUGUCAUCGACUUCACUGUCCUCACCGAGGCAGACCCUGCGGCGGCCUUUGACGACCCCUACGCCCUGGUGGUGCUGGCCGAGGAGGAGCUGGUGGUGAUUGACCUGCGGACGGCCGGUUGGCCUCCAGUGCAGCCUCCGUACCUGGCCUCCCUGCACUGCUCCGCCAUCACCUGCUCGCACCACGUCUCCAACAUCCCCCUGAAGCUGUGGGAGCGCCUCGUCACCGCGGGCAGCCAGCAGCACACACACUUCUCCACCAUGGAGUGGCCCAUUGACGGUGGCACCAGUCUGGCCCCAGCCCCUCCCCAGAGGGACCUGCUGCUCACGGGGCAUGAGGAUGGUACAGUGCGGUUCUGGGACGCCUCCGGCGUCUGCUUACGACUGCUUUACAAACUGAGCACGGUCCAGGUGUUCCUCACCGACACAGACCCUAGUGACAACCUCAAUGCCCAGGGCGAGGACGAGUGGCCCCCACUCCGCAAGGUGGGCUCCUUCGACCCCUACAGUGAUGAUCCCAGGCUGGGCAUCCAGAAGAUUUUCCUCUGCAAAUACAGUGGCUACCUGGCUGUGGCAGGCACGGCAGGGCAGGUGCUGGUGCUGGAGCUGAAUGACGAGGAGGCGGAGCAUGCCGUGGAGCAGGUGGAGGCCGACCUGCUGCAGGACCAGGAGGGCUACCGCUGGAAGGGGCAUGAGCGCCUGUGUGCCCGCCCGGGGCCCGUGCAUUUCGAGCCCGGCUUCCAGCCCUUCGUGCUGGUGCAGUGCCAGCCCCCGGCUGUGGUCACCUCCUUGGCCUUGCACUCCGAGUGGCGGCUUGUGGCCUUCGGCACGAGCCAUGGUUUUGGCCUUUUUGACCACCAGCAGCGGCAGCAGGUCUUUGUCAAGUGCACGCUGCACCCCAGUGACCAGCUAGCUUUGGAGGGCCCGCUGUCCCGCGUGAAGUCCCUGAAGAAGUCCCUACGCCAGUCCUUCCGCCGGAUACGUCGGAGCCGGGUGUCCAGCCGGAAGCGGCGGCCAGCUGGUCCCCCUGGAGAGGUGCAGGAGGGGGGCGCCAGGGCCGAGCGGACGGGGCUGCAGAACAUGGAGCUCGCGCCUGUGCAGCGCAAGAUCGAGGCUCGCUCGGCAGAGGAUUCCUUCACGGGAUUCGUCCGGACCCUCUACUUUGCUGACACCUAUCUGAGGGACAGCUCCCGCCACUGCCCCUCGCUGUGGGCUGGCACCAAUGGGGGUACCGUCUACGCCUUCGCCCUGCGCGUGCCCCCCGCCGAGCGGAGAAUGGAUGAGCCCGUGCGGGCAGAGCAGGCCAAGGAGAUCCAGCUGAUGCACCGAGCGCCCGUGGUGGGCAUCCUGGUGCUGGACGGACAUAGCGUUCCCCUUCCUGAGCCCCUGGAAGUGGCACAUGACCUGUCAAAGAGCCCGGACAUGCAGGGAAGCCACCAGCUGCUAGUGGUGUCAGAGGAGCAGUUCAAGGUGUUCACGCUGCCCAAGGUGAGUGCCAAGCUGAAGCUGAAGCUGACAGCUCUGGAGGGCUCGCGGGUGCGGCGGGUCAGCGUGGCCCACUUCAGCAGCUGUCGAGCCGAGGACUACGGGGAGCAUCACCUGGCCGUCCUCACCAACCUGGGUGACGUGCAGGUGGUCUCGCUGCCCCUGCUCAAGCCCCAGGUGCGAUACAGCUGCAUCCGCCGGGAGGAUGUCAGCGGCAUUGCCUCUUGCGUCUUCACCAAAUACGGCCAAGGUUUCUACCUGAUCUCACCCUCAGAGUUUGAGCGCUUCUCUCUCUCCACCAAGUGGCUGGUUGAACCCCGGUGUCUGGUGGAUUUGACCAAGAGCCACAGCCGCCCCCGCAACGGAUCAGGCCCUGAGAAGGCCUUGGGCCGAGCCAGGAACUCAGGGAGCCAGAGUGAUGGAGAGGAGAGAAGGCCCGGCCCAGUGAUGGAGCAUGCUCUGCUCAAUGACGAGAGGGUCCUGAAGGAGAUCCAGAGCACGCUGGAGGGAGACCGAGGAAGCUAUGGCAAUUGGCGUUCUCAGCGAAUGGCCGUGGGGUACAGCCUCAGCAAUGGGGGAGCGGAGUGAGCAGGUCGUGAGUGCAGGCUGCGCGACGAACACACACUACUGAGGGCUCUCCCGGGGGCCCAGCCCUGCCUGCGAGGACCGUGCCCUGGGCUGCGCCAGGGGCUGGAGCCGACCCCCGUGUCCGCCCCGCUGCUGCUCUUGGCCUCGGGAGAGGCGGGACCCCGGGGCCCCGGGGCUGCCCCUCCUGGGCCUUGUCUGUCUUGGUUCUUUGUCAGUGUUGCACAGUUUUGACUCCCUCCCCUUUUUGUAGUGGGCUGGGUUUUAAGUUAUAAAUUUUAACUGCCUCUGGGUGAAAAAGUUUGUAAUAAACACCUUAU